GCCCCGCUCGAUGCGCGCGCGCGCGGCCGGCGGCGUCUCCUCAGAGCGGCCGCGGCGGGCACGGCGCUGACGGGGCCCGGGGCCCAGCGGGCGCUGCUGCGGAGCGGGCGACGCCUCUCGUCCUCCCGGCCGCCCUCCUCUUCCUCCUCCUCCUCCUCCUCCUCCUCCUGCUCGCUCCCCCCGUCCUCCCUCCCACCUCUCCUCCUCCUCCUCCUCCCGUCCCCCCCCCCCCCCCCCCACGCCCGGUGCCCGCGGUUCCCGGCGCGGACACAACAUGGCGGCGGUGUCGGGGGCCGCGGCUGCGGGCGGCUCCGCCAACGCCGGGGGCCCGGAGAUGGUGCGGGGCCAGGUGUUCGACGUGGGGCCGCGGUACACCAACCUCUCCUACAUCGGCGAGGGGGCCUACGGCAUGGUGUGUUCUGCCUACGAUAACGUCAACAAAGUUCGAGUUGCUAUAAAGAAAAUCAGUCCUUUUGAGCAUCAGACAUACUGCCAGAGAACUCUGAGAGAGAUUAAGAUCUUACUGCGCUUCAGGCAUGAGAAUAUUAUUGGAAUAAAUGAUAUUAUCAGAGCUCCAACUAUUGAACAAAUGAAAGAUGUAUACAUCGUGCAAGAUCUCAUGGAGACAGAUCUUUACAAGCUGUUAAAGACUCAACACCUCAGCAACGACCACAUUUGUUAUUUCCUUUACCAGAUUCUGAGAGGGUUAAAAUAUAUCCAUUCAGCCAAUGUGCUUCAUCGCGACCUCAAACCUUCGAAUUUGCUGCUUAACACCACUUGUGAUCUCAAGAUUUGUGACUUUGGACUGGCUCGUGUUGCAGAUCCAGACCAUGAUCACACAGGAUUCCUGACAGAAUACGUGGCCACACGUUGGUACAGGGCUCCUGAGAUCAUGCUGAAUUCUAAGGGUUACACCAAGUCUAUUGACAUCUGGUCAGUAGGCUGUAUUCUGGCAGAGAUGCUCUCCAACAGACCUAUUUUUCCAGGAAAACACUACCUUGACCAACUUAACCACAUCCUUGGCAUACUUGGAUCCCCUUCCCAAGAAGAUUUGAAUUGUAUAAUAAAUUUAAAGGCCAGAAACUAUUUGCUUUCCCUACCACACAAAAACAAGGUACCAUGGAACAGGCUGUUUCCAAAUGCUGACCCCAAAGCACUUGAUUUGUUGGAUAAAAUGUUGACCUUUAAUCCUCAUAAGCGAAUUGAAGUGGAGCAAGCUUUAGCCCAUCCAUAUCUGGAGCAGUAUUAUGAUCCAAGUGAUGAGCCUGUAGCUGAAGCACCCUUCAAGUUUGAUAUGGAGUUGGAUGACUUGCCGAAGGAAAAGCUGAAAGAAUUGAUUUUUGAGGAAACUGCUAGAUUCCAGCCAGGAUAUCCAUCUUAAAUUGUGCAUAGGACAAGGACUUAAAGGACUGGGCAUGCUCAAACGUUGCUGUUCCUCUUCCCAGUUCUUUAUUGUUGGUCAUGUCUUGUGGCCUCUCUCAGCUUAUCCACUAACUCCUUUGAGCCAUUCAGGAGGGCAGUUCCUGGUAGUUUUGGCUUUUCAUGCUUUCAAUGAAUCUUUUAAGCCUGAAGAAUUGUAAUUUACACUCCUAUGCGUAAUGCCCAUUGUUGACCUGUUGCAGUACUGUACUGUAAGUGCACCUACUGCUGGCCGUGUUUUUAACUGCUUGCUUUCUGGUUUGAAAGAUGCAGUGGUUCCUUUCACUCCUGGAUCAAUAUCCAAGAAGAUAAUUCAUUAACCGAUAAGAAGUUUACACCAUGAACUAUGUUUUUCUGACUUUACUGAAGUCGCUGGCAUUUUUUUAGAAAAGCUACUAUUCAGGGCACUUUAAGUCAGUGACAUCCCAGAUUUUUUUUGCACUUCCUUUUUAAAUAGAAAUGGUUAGCAUCCAGUGGGGUUUAUACCAUUAUGCUAUGGAUUACAGCAUAAGUUGUGUUCAUGUUAAUCUUGCUUAUGCACUUGUUUGGGUGUCCUGUGCUGUACAUGUAGGUAUUCUAUACAGCGUAAUAGCCACAUAGGAACCCAUCUUAAUUGAAUUCAUCUAAGAAACAUUUUUCUGUGUAUUGACGAAACUUGUACCUUUUCUCCCUGCCUUUUUAAAGAGAUCAUUUAAAGUUUAACCAUGUUGGAGGCGUAGUACUUCCAAAGUUCAUACCAUAUAGUAGUGUUUAUAAGACUUGUGCAAAGAGAAUGAGUGGCAGCUUGCCAACUUAUAUCUAUUCACCGUGUGGUGGAAGAUUAGCAAAGAACAUAAUGGCAUGAUGACCUACAGGUGAAUGCUUUUCUUUGUGGAAGGCAUCUGAAUGUGGUGGUAAGCGAGAAACCAAAAUAUGAUGUUAAUAAACUCAGUCUACAUACUGCAUACCAAUGAAAUGCUUCAAAUGAGGAUUGAUAGUUUUACAUUUUAAUCACUGACAUUCAGAAUUCUUGCAGAGAGGAACACUGCAUCUUUAAAUGAGAAAGUCUGAAUUUACUUUUGCUCCUACAGCAUGUCAGCAUCUCAAGUUCAUUUCUUGCAACCUACACUAUGGUGAUUUGUAAUCAAGCCUCCAUGAGCUCGUGACAUGAAGUACUGUUCUGUUGUCAAGUACUAUCAAACUUUUCUGAUAAUGCUGAGUUAGGACAACCAAACAAAGCUAGCACUAAAUAAUGUUUAAAAUUGUAUACCUUUUAAUGAUCUUUUCAAGUAUUUGUUACUGAAAUUGUAUAAUGUGGAGUUUACUAGGUGUUAUGUUCCAGUGCAGUGCCUCCUUUUCUUUCCCCACUGCUCUCUGUGGUGAGAAAUUUGCCUUGUUUAAAAUAAUUACUGUGCCCUCGCAUGACUGUUAAAGCUUUCUGUGCAAAGAUGAUUGUCUAAGUGCCACAUGCCUAUGAUUGAGAGAAAAAAAAAAUCUAUUGUUACCUCUGAGUUGUGUUCAACUGAAAUGCUAUUCAACAAAUAACUUAGGAAAAAUAGUUCUAUUUUUAGCUUUUCAUAUCUCUGCUGUCUUUUUCUCAUUUUAUUUUGGCAGCAGUGAAGAAUGGAUUGUAUAGACUGCUUGCUAAUAUGAACAAAAUGCACUUGUAAUUCCUGGAAAUAAAUUUAAAUCUUAUAUCUUCACAUUAACAUAAAGAAUUAGUUUUUGGUUUCCUCUUGGGUAAUGUGUUUGAAUGGAAAUCAGGUUCAAUUGCUACUGUAGUAUACAAGGAUGCUUGCUGGUUAAUAAUUCCAGGCUUCCUCAUACCACUUAAGUCUGUUUUUCAAAGAAAAGAAAGCCAUUAACUUAGAUUUCAAUAGAUAAGGGUGCUUACAAGAUUCCAUUUCAAAAUUUUCCUUUUCUUACAGUUUGAGUGUUAGCCUACCAAAACUAAUUUUUAAUAAGCAAGGGUUCAUUUUAAAGGGCAUUUUUGAUUAGGAAGUUCCUGUGGUACAUAAAUCUCUGUUGCAUGGAACAUAUUAGGAGCAUUAUCAGGACACUGCACAAGUGAUUGUUGAAUUGUGGUAUGGAACCUAUGCUAAAAAACAUUUCUAUAGAAGAAAUAUGCACUUGACUGUUGAUACUAGUGUAGAAAUUUCUUUUGACAUUUCUACGCAUCUUUACCAAAAUGCUUUCCUCACUUGGUUUGGAGAAGCUGAAAUAUUUCUAGAAUCUCUGCUACUUGUACCAUCAUCAUUACUACAGGAAUCAUGGUUGGAAAGAUGAUUGUUACUGAAAUUAGUUUGUAACACCUCAGUUUUAGUUUAUUAAGGAAGAAUUUUGGCAGCUUGUUUCAUCCUUCUUUCCCAGUAAUUUUUUAGUAUUUUCUUUAAUUUUGGAUUUUGGGGGAGCUGGAGAUUUACCUUUGCAAUCUGUCUCUUGGGAUGAGAAGCCAAGGGUUUGCUUUACCUAACAUCUGGUGCUUUCAGGCUUUCUUCCUUAGCUAUCCUGCUGAAUCAAAUUGGCAUCCAUCAGUAUCAGUAACUGCAUUCAUCUAUCUUCUACUGAAUUCAGUACACAUUGUUAAGCAGAAUUUGUUAAAGUGUCAAGUGCAGAAGCGUGAUUUUUUUUGUCAGACUUUGAAAACAGUUUAAAAGAAGGUGCCUGUAACACUGUUAGGUCAGCUAUUUCAUCAUUUUACAUUGAUUUUUUUUCUCUUUUAUCUACUUUUUGUAUUUUUAGAGCAGAGAACCGAAACUCGUAACUGAAGUAACAUGUAUUUCAUGGUAAAGAUGUUUUGGGAAUAAGGAAUGUAAACAGUUAAUUGUCAAAACAUUCCAACUUUAUAGCUGAAGAAAAAUAUGCAAACAUGAACUUCUUAUCGAUGCUUUGGCAAAGAAGCAUCUUACUCUGCUAUCCUGACUGUCACCAGAAUCUUCCUCAUCAAUAUUAUGUGUAUAUAUAUAUAUAUACACGUUUAUAUAUAUAUAUAUAUAUAUAGUCGAAGUGUACAACACACUACAUGGGCCGAGCGGUGUGGUGCACUAUGAACUUUCAGGAGUAGCAGGUGGUGACAUAACUCAGCAGUGGCCAAAUGAAACCCAAGGAGUUUAGCAUGGUUUUCCUUACAGAAUGGGAGAAAAAGAAAAACCUGUUGUUGCUGCCCACUGUAAUACGCUGUGUUAUAUUUAUACCAUGUCGAAGUUGUUUGCUGAGCAACUGUACUAUAGAUUUAAACUUUAUUAAUAUAUAUUUGCUUAUGUUAGUGUAGUUUAUAUAGUCCUUGGUUAUUGAUAAAUUUGUGUUGUUACAGCACAGUGAUAUGGUAUAAAUAUAGGUCUAUACAUACACACAAUAUACUCAUGAAUUUGGUUCCUUGCAUAGUACUUUUAUAUUUGUACAGCAAUGUCUUCAAGUAAUCCCGGAUUUUAGGGGAAGUAUUUUUGUAAAUGCAGUGGUUUAAACAGAAAAUCCAAACAAUCCUUUUACUAAGUUUUAAAUUCAUUUGUGGUUCAAAAUGGUUUAGUUAACAAUUGAAAUCAAGACACUAAAUUAGUGAAAAGUGCACAUUAGUAAAGUGAAGCUUACAAUGUUUUUUUUGUAGCAUGUGCUGUGAUCAAACUAAGUGAAACAUUGGAGGAAAUGUAAAAGUUGGACUACCUUUGUAAAUCUAGAACAAAUUUCUACAGGUUGCAGCUGGAUUACUCACUAUUGUUGCCUUUUCUUGUGUUGUAUCAGUGUAGAGCACUCUUAAAAUACUCAAACUGCUUUGUCUUUGCUUUGUACUGUUGGUGCCUUCUUAGUCAUGUACCCCACAAGUCAUGCAUAGCUAAUUUAGUUAAUGGUAAGUUUAACAUUUAAGAAAAAGGCAAAGGAAGAUUUUAUAUAAAAAACUAAAAAAAAAAAUAAAUCAUUUUCUGUAUGUUCUUAUUCAUUGUAACAAUUAAACGUUUAUAUUGUGACAGAUUUGUGAUUUGGUUAAUCUGUAUAGAUCAAUUGUAAGUAGCAAAGGUUUAUAUUUCGUCUUAUUCUUUUAAUGUUGUAAGCGUUUGUGAUUUUCUUUUUUAAAUCAGGUAACUUAAUGUUCUGUUUUGUUUUUGGCAUCUGAAUCUUGUAAAAACAAAUGCAAAGAAAAUCAUUAAAUUGUGUCCCUGUAUUACCAAAUCA